UAAAGAUUGAGAGGGGGCGGGAUUUCUCUCAUCUGCCUCACCGUUGUUUGCUUCACACAAUAAUCAGAAAAACAUCACCAAAGAUUCCUUCCAAAAGCAAAUGCGUAAAACGUUUAUGGAUAAAAGCUGGAUUUUAUAUUUAAAAGAGAGCAUGGAUGCAGGUGAUGACCAGAACACGGGCUCUACCAAUGGGAAUGCUCCGUCUGCUGGGAACUCCCGCCCUCCCCAGAUAGCCCACAUGUCUCUGUAUGAGAGGCAAGCUGUGCAGGCCCUUCAGGCGCUGCAGAGACAGCCGAACGCAGCCCAGUACUUCCAGCAGCUCAUGCUGCAGCAGCAAAUCAACAGUGCCCAGCAGCUUCACAACCUGGCUGCCGUGCAACAGGCCACACUUGCUGCUAGUCGCCAGUCCAACUCUCCCAACCACAGUGUCUCCCAAGCAACCACCACUGUCAAUCUGAGCACCACCUCUGGGGGAGGGAUCAUGAGCAAUCCCCGCCUACUCGGCCCUGCCACAUCAGUGACAUCAUCAGCUCUCAGCCAAUCAGUGCUGCUGGGUGGGAACUCAGCCGGACAGGGCCAGAUGUACCUGAGAGUCAACCGCUCCCUCAGGGCACCCCUCGCAGCCUCCCAGCUCAUCUUCAUGCCUGGUGGCACAGCAACGGCUGCUGUAGCGACAGUUGCACAGCAACAGCCUCAGCAACAACAGCAGCAACAGGAAGUCCAUCCCACCUCCAAUGCCCAAUCCGACAAUGACCAGGUGCAAAACCUGGCUCUCCACUGUAUCUCCACUCCCAGAGUGGCCGCAGUGAAGACGGAGUUUCCAGACAGGAGAGACGCAGCCAACUAUUCUUUUAGUCAACAACAACAACAGCAUCCUCAGCAGCAACAGCAGCAGUUCUCUCAGAACACCCAGCAGCAGAUACAACCCCAGCAGCAACAGCAACAAAUGGCCAACAAACUGACUAGCUACACUCAUCCCACUGCUCUCCCCAGUAUAAAUGUCAAGACUGGAAACCAGCUGAAUAUGGCCCCAACCGCUGCCACCUCAGUUCCCGCCUCCUCUCCCACGCUCCCUCUCUCCCAGCUCCUCCUCUCCCCCUCAGGCCUUUGUCAGGCCCGGGCGGUAACCACGGUUACCCCUGCUGCUACGGUAACGCACAUCCUAGUCCCCACCUCCAACGUUCCUACUUCCUCCCAGGGCUACCCCAUAGGUUCAGUCGCCCCCAAAACUAACGUCAACACCCAGACCUUGGUGGUGCAGCCACUGCAGCAGUCCAACACUAACACGGACAAGGUGAGCCACAGCUCUGGCCCUGUGCACAUACAGCCCAAAACCUCACAGGGUCACCGCUUACCUGUCCAGCUGCCCCCACGCCACCCUCCACCUAUCCUCCCGGCUCCGCCCAACACGGGGGGCCAUCACCCGCCCCAUGUCCCAGUCCAGCUGGUGGGAGCUAGGCAGGGCUCAGUAGGAAACUCCCAGGCUUUGGCACAGGCCCGAAGCUGCUGCCCCCAGGACAAAAGCAUCGCUAUAGCCUCUACUGGAGGGAACACCACGGCAAAGCCUGCAAUUGGCUCAUUGAAGAGGAAGUCGGAAACUGAUGCAACCAAUGAGAUGGCAGUCGAACCUUCCCAAAUUUGCUGUCCACCAAUGAGAGAUUCUGCCCCUCUAUGUCCCGCCCCCAUGUUGGACUCAGCUCCUAAAGCGGUGCCAGCCUUCUCCUCUCCCCCCAACCUGUCUUGGGGGGUGGGGGGUCAGGGAGACAGAGCCCCUCUGCCCCAGGCGGUGGUCAAACCUCAGGUCCUCACCCACCUCAUAGAGGGUUUUGUCAUCCAGGAGGGAGCUGAGCCUUUCCCUGUGACUGGGCCAGUGAAGGAGCCUCUAGCCAUGAGUGUUCAACAGGCUGACAAUGGAGGCCCUGCAGUGUUGAAGUGUGAGUACUGUGAGAGCUUGGCUCCAGCUAGCCAGUUCAGGGGCUCCAAGAGGUUCUGCUCCAAGACCUGCGCUAAGAGAUARAAUGUGAGCUGCAGUCACCACUUCCAGGUCAGUAGGGGGCGAGCUUCUGCACGGCCGCCUGGUCCUCCCGUUCCCCCAGACAGCAUCGUCAGACGCAGGGGUCCUCGCAGGAGUAGCUCGGAGAUCGCCUGCGCUAAAAUAGCCGGCAGACAUUUGCCUGUCAAGGAGUGUCGUUCUGAGUCCAGUCGCUCGGAGGAUGUGUCCAGCUGUGACGGAGAGGAGGAGGAGGAGGAAGAAGAUUCCCCAUCACUCUCCCCUAGCUCCUCCCUCUCCUGCCCUAGGCCCGCCCACUGCGAUCCCCAUUUGGACGACUCGGCUCAAGGCAGCCUCCCAUUGGACGAGGCCAACUUCCUGUCUGGGAGCCCCGCCCAUUGGGGUGUGGAGGAGGUCUGCAGGUUCAUCUCUUCACUACAAGUCCAUUUCACUUUUCUUUUUACAAAGUGGAUUUGUAAUGUUAAUGUAGAUGCCAGGCUCUAAUCAAGUGUAUGAAAGGACAUUAAAGAGCUUUAAUUAACAAAUAGUUUUUUUUUUWUUUCACCAGAUAUGGCUGUUUUAUAGCUUUUAUCUUUUGUACUACAAUCAAAUUUCUUAUUUUGGUGUGGAAGUUUUUCAUGGAGAGGAUGUAGUGAAUAUUAGGAACUGACUGAACUACCUGAAUAUGGGCAUUUGUCCUGAGAGGAGAGGUACUACCAAUAAACACCUGUUACUGGAACUAUGCUA